UGACAGUGCAAACUCAUAAUUAGCAAUGACAGGGGUGGGGUGCCUUCAAAAUCAGAUUUGCAGGAAUGGUAGCAAUAUCUCUAGACUUCUGUAUUUGCAGAAUCAUCCUGAGGGCUGAGCAGAUUGAAGAAACGAUAGGGUGGCAGACCCAUUAUUUGAGUGACAGUGUUCAUUCAGAAGGAUGAUCACAACUGUGGUCCCCGGAUUCUAAAGUUUUGAACGGAAUGGCUACCCAGGAGACUUCUGCAGAAGACUGUUCUGUUUCGGAGCUGGACCUUUCUUACCUAGAAGCUCGCUACCCUAAUUGGAAUUAUGAUUUUAAAAAGCAUGCAGAAGAACUAGAAGAGGAAUUUCAGCAAAUUCGUAAACAACUGCAAAGAGGGUUUAAUCCUACAAUGAGAAGUGAAACCCAAAGGUUAAAAACCUUCCUGAACCAACCUGGUAAUUUUCGGUCAGCAUGGUGUCCCUCAGAGAUGGCUGCAGCUGGCUUCUCUCAUACAGGGGUCAAGUCAGCAAUACAGUGUUUUUGCUGUGGGCUGGUGUUGCUUGCAAGAGGUAUCAAAACGCCCCCUUCUGUGGAACAUAAGAAACAUCGGCCUGAAUGCGAAUUCAUUUUAGGAAAAGAGGUUGGAAAUAUCUCCAUGUAUGAAGUGCGUGUUCAGAAUCCAGAGACAAGCUCGGCAGAAAUACGGAGAGGAGCUCUGCAGAAACCACUAAACUACGCAGAGGUGGAAGCAAGACUGGAGUCCUUCGGUGGCUGGCCAUUCUAUGCCAGUGAGACAAUGCCUGCUCUUCUAGCUAGUGCUGGAUUUUUCUUCACAGGUAUAAAGGAUACAGUUCGAUGCUUUGCCUGUGAUGGAUGUUUGGGAAAUUGGGAAGAAGGAGAUGAUCCUUGGAAAGAGCAUGCAAAGUGGUUUCCUGAAUGUGAGUUUCUUCAAAAGGAGAAGUCCAGAGAGGAAAUUAAGGAGUAUAUUCAAAAUUAUUAUAGAUUUUUUGGCAUUAUGGGAAAGCAUUUUGAAGCAUCAUUUGGGACAUUAUUACCUUCAAAUACAGGAGAUUCAGAACCUAAUAUCAAUAUCUAUGAGGAUGAAGAUGUUCGGCUGGAUUCAUUUAAAACUUGGCCACAAGAUGCACUUGCUGAUGCUACAGCUCUGGCCAAAGUAGGAUUUUUCUUCACAGGGAGCAAGGACAUUGUGCAGUGUUUUGCCUGUGGUGGCCGCCUGGUAGAAUGGAAGGAAGAUGACGAUCCUUGGAAAGAACACGCCAGAUGUUUUCCUGACUGUAAGCAAUCAGAUAUGGGAAGGAAUGUAUCACUAGAACAACCUCUGAGGCAGUCACUGCAUGACCAGCAAACUGACUGUAAAGACAAUUUGGAACAGACAGAAGCUCUCUGUUCAGCAGUGACUAAUGUGGCCUUUGAUGAACACAAAUGGCUUCGAGAACAGCUCUCAAGUGCAUACAAUGAUAUGAAUUUCAGGAAAAUGUUUUCUUUUGGGGAGUCUUCACAUUUUGCUAUUGAUUUGAAAUUGCUGCAUGGAGACCUCUCCAUUGUCUCCAAGGACAUCAGUAACCAGCCGUUGCAGCAGCUCUUACUGCCCGAGGUCCUUGAAAGCUUUCAUUCAGUCACAGUCCUAGAAGGGGAAGCUGGAAGCGGGAAGACGGCAUUGCUCCGGAAGAUAGCGAUCCUGUGGGCAUCUGGAUGCUGUCCCAUACUCAGCAGAUUCAAGUUUGUUUUCUAUCUCUCCUUGAGUUCUGCAGGACGGGACCAGAGCCUGGCGGGUAUUAUUGGCAACCAGCUGGUAAAGUGUAAAGGGCCAUUUACAGAAGAUUCUCUGAAGAAUAUAUGCCAGCUUUUCAAAAACCAAGUCCUGUUCCUUUUGGAUGACUAUGACGAAGAAAAUACAGUCCCCCAAGUGAUCGGAGACCUGAUUCAAAAGAACCAUUUCAGCAAACACUGUCUGGUAAUUGCAGUUCGCACCAACAGGAUUAGUGGAAUCCGCCAUUAUGCAAACAUGAUUCUCAGUAUUGCGGAGUUUCCACUAUCCAGCACCCUCUAUCUGUUAAGGAAGCUGUUUUCACAUAACAUUGAGCUUGUAGAAAAGUUUUUCAUUCAGAUGGUACAAGAGGAAGCAAUGCAGUCCAUGUUCAAGACUCCCCUUUUUGUUGUGGCUCUUGGCACAUAUUGGGUUCAAUAUCCCAGUGGCAACAUGUUCACAGAUAUGGUCAUUUUAAAAGCCUACCUGCUGUACAGCUCAUUGAAAUAUCCACGGGAGAGUGAUCGUCUGAAAGCCAUGGUGUCCGCCUGUGGUGAACUUGCCUUGCGAGGUCUCUUCAAUUCCCACUUUGAUUUCAAUGACGAAGACCUUUGUGAAUCUGGGGUUAACGGAGAUGAUGCUGUCUGGUUUGGCCUGCUGAGCAAGUUCACUGCCCAAAGGCUUCGACCACUCUACAAAUUCUUCCACCUUUCCUUCCAAGAAUUUCUUGCAGGUCUGAGACUGAGUGAGCUGCUGGGUUCAGAUGUGCAAGAAGAUGUGGAGAAAGGGCUACAGUACUUGCAGCAAAUUGACACCUUUGUGAAAAUCAGUGGCCGAUACCAGUACAUUUUGAGAUAUGCCUGCAGUGAAACUUUCAAAGCAGUGCCAAAAAUAAUUUCCCACCUACUCAAUUUACUCAGUUGUGAAAGGUCAUUUGAAAGCUCAUCAGAAAAUGAUGUUUAUCUACAGCAAACUCCAAAGCUUCAACUAAUGCAGCUGCAGCUUUUCAUUAUUGCUGUUCGAUUAUGUCCAGAGUCACAACAUUCAGAAUGCAUCAGAAUUGUAUUGGAUCUUACGACAGAGCUGGCCUACCAAAGCAAUAUGGUUCCUGCGUGUGCCCCUCUGAUCUUUCAGUUCCUUACUGGAAAAGAGUUUCCCUUAAGUCUGUUUGCUUCAGAAAGUGGGUUCAUAACUCGUUUCUUUCUGGAUUAUCCAGAAAGUUUAUUCUUACCAAGCAAAUUCAAGGCAUGUCUUACUGGAAAACAGGAAAACAUUGAUUUGUCUCUAGCUGAAAGUUGUUAUGCCAAAAUGGGGACUCCAGUUGUUAACCAGGAAUAUGCUCCUGCUUUUACACUCUUCAGUGAUAUGACACGGCAGUUAAAGGAAGAUGAAGACCUUGUCAAUAACUUUAGGAUGCUUAUCCCCAGACAUGUUCCAGACUCCAAAAUAGUUCCAUUUCUUCAUAUCAAAGGCAAUGAGAAGAUCCCACAUUUGAAAUUUGAAGUCAGCAAUAUAAAUUCACUCCAAGCUCCCGACCUUCAGAAUGUAGUGAAACUCUUUUCAGUUUUUGAUCAUAUCGAACUCAACCUGCGGAAUUGCCAUGGCCUGAUUGAAAGUAUCAAACCAGCUAUAGAACAGAAUGUGGAGUCAUUCAAAAUUUGCAGCAUACAUAAUGGUGACUUGAAUGUAGUAGAAGAAAACCUGCUUCUUUCAAUGUCUUCACUGCAGUCUCUUGAAAUUAAGGGGAAAACCUUGAGACCAGAAACUCUCCUUGUAAAUUUGGAUAAAUAUGCCUGCUUGAAGGAAUUAUCAGUGGAUCUACCUGAUAGUCAAAAUAUUUUUGAUAUAAUCCCAGAAGGCUUCAAAAAUCUUCAGAACAUGGAGAAACUGUUAAUUGACGAUGUUCAGUUUGAAAGCAGUUCUUCCAGACUAGUUGAAUGUAUACGGAACUUUCCCAAGCUCUCCGUUUUUCAUCUGAAACAUUCAGACUUUUCUGAUUUGGGGGCUCUCGUGGAUGCAAUGUCUUCCUGCAAGAUCUUAACAGAAAUACAGUUAACAGAAUUGCCCUUUAGAGAUACAGACCUGAUCUCUCUUGCUGCUGCUUUGCCAAAUUUUACAGGGCUAAAGGUACUGAAUCUCACACGGCUAAAGUUCACUGACAAGGAAGCCUGCACAUCACUGACAAAAGCAUUGAGUCAUCUUGUGCAUUUGGAGGAGCUUGUUCUACCUAUUGGAGAAGGAAUACGUUAUGCAGCUAAACGGAUUGUUCAGCAAUGCAUUCAUUUUCCAAAUCUCCGACAGUUGGAGUUUAAUGAGUGUUUGAGCAGUGAAGGCUUGUUGGAGAUACCAAAGGUAGCAGCUGAUGGAGGUUUUCAAAAGCUUGAAGUCCUGCGUCUCAAAGUAAAUCACAGCAUUACAGAAGAAGCUUGGAGGAAUUUUUUCCAAACUUUGUCCAUUAUGCCAAAGUUAUACAUGAUGGACUUUGAUCGCCUCUUUGAGCAUCAGAUCAAAUGCCAGGCAGCAACGGUGAAGUCCUUUGCUCAGUGUGUCUCCAGGCUGCCCAGCCUCACGACAAUUAACAUGUUAGGAUGGCUGUUUGAUAAGGAGGACCUCAAAAUGUUUGAUGUCAUGAAAGAACAACAUCCUCAGUCAAAAAGUUUAAGUUUAUUUUGGAGAUGGGUGUUACCAGUUUCCCCAGUUAUACAAGAAUAGAGAAACAGAAAUGGAUUUAAUGGUGUAAAUGUUGGCUAAUUAAUUUGGUAACAAAAAUUAAAUGGUUGAUAGUUAUGUAAAUAGCCUGGUGCUUUUGUAAUUCCUGCACUAGGUUGCUAUAGCUCUCUAGGAUUGAGUUAGGGGAUUCUGCUGAGAGCAGGGAAAAGCAGAUACACUGAAAGUGUUCUGAGGCAAGUUGUUCUGUUACUGCUUUGUCCAAUUGGGAUCUCCUUAAGCAGAAGAGACAAUACAAACAAUUACUCAAACAUAAGAAAAGAGAUACUCUGAAAGCCACCCGGUCAUAUCUCAUCCAAAGCAGACAGAAUCAGUGACUUGGCCCUAUUUUUGGUGUAUUACGAAAAGUAAUGGCCUGGAGCAUUUCCAGACAGCAGGCUUUACUGUGGGUUUAUGGCAAUUUUGAAUUUGCCCACCAAAAAUGAUGCAAAAAGGUGAUUUUUUUAAAACCCCGGACAUAAAUCGUGCUAUGUUCUAACGCACAAUGAAAAACCCGAAUUGUGUCUGGAGUGCUCCCCAGAGUGAGGGCAUUUCAGUGUAAAUCUGGCCGAUGUGUGAACACACACUGUUCUGGAGGAGAAGCGAGCUGGAAAUGCUGGAAAUGCUCCUGAUGCACUUGGAUAGAUUUACUGUUUUUAAUGUCAUCGUUGUUAACUUUAUAAUUUCCUUACGUUCCUUCUAUCUUAUGCUGGUCAACGACUGAAAUAAAGGUA